AUGUCUUCGAACACCGCCACGACCGUGUUGCUGAAGAAGAGAGAGAGAACACAGAAUUGGGUCCCGGAGGAAAAGAACGCAUUGUUCUCGUUGAUCAAAAGCCACGUUAACGCGAUCGAGAACAAGAAAAUCGAUGCGGCGGCAUCGGCUAUGAAAACUCUCGCUUGGCAACAGAUUUAUUGCGCUUUUCGAGGCAGAUUUUCUACCGACAGGGACAUUACCAGAAUGAGAGAACAAUGGAGGAGGAUGAAAGCUCAAGCGAGGAUGGAGAUGUACACGUUCGCGGAGAAGGUGAGGACCCUGGGCCCUGAGGAAGCUGCCAAAUGUCGUCCGUCGAAUCUUUCGAUCGAGGUAUGGAGAUUAAUGGAGAAGGCGAGAAAAAACGAGGGGGACGAGGAACGUUCGGACGAGAACAGCCAGGAAGACCCGGAUAAUCCGGUGAAUCUGCAGAUGAUCCUGAACAAACUAACUGCAUCCACGCCGGAAGUGAUGGUCAAUGAAAUUAAAGUCGAGGCGGACAGUGACGACUACAACACGGAAGAGGAGAACGGCCAAGGAGAAGUUUUCGCGAAAAAGUCGGACACGUUCAGGAAAAAACGAGCACGGAUAUCCGAGGACGAACCAGUGGAUCUGGACGAACAGAGAGUGCACUCUGUGGAUGCCAUUGCUCGACAAUUCGAUAAUGGUAGCUUUGAAAUUACCUCGAGUAACAUUUUUUAAAAAACGAAGAAACCUUUGAGGAACGCGCGUUCUAAAGCUGUUACUAUACG